AUGUUGAGAUUGACUAACGAAAAAUUUUCAAAGCUUGAUGUCGGUACAACUGUUCGUGUCCCAAUACCAAAUGUCGAUAGAGCACGAGGUUCUCCGCGUAAUUUACUUGCUGUUAUUAUUUCAUGCGAAGAUGACAUGUAUAAAUUAUGUACAGAAUAUGGGGUGUUGAAACACAAAUAUACACGAGCACAAAUUUCUCCGUGUAAAGAAAAAAUUCUAGAGCUAGAUGAAGCCAAGAAAAAAAUUAAAGACAAGGAAAUAACAUUUAGAGAAGCCGCAGGACAUGGAAUAGCUAGUCAUCAAGGAUUUAAUCGAUGCAACUGCAAAACUGGUUGUGGUACUAAAAAAUGUGCUUGCAAUGCAGCGGAAAUGUCGUGCAGUUCAAAAUGUCAUGGUAACCAAAAUUGUACAAAUAAAUAA